GAAGAAAAUUUAUUUCUUUUUAAAAACCUUUCCUUUAAUAAUCAUCGUCUUCAUUCCCUCUUUCACUGCGAUGGAUUGUUCUUCGUGCUAAUAUUGUCCGGCCUCCAUCAUCUUCUACGUCAAUUUGUGGGAACCAUCAUCGAGUUUCCGUUUAAAAAAUUUACGCUACCACCGUUUCGGACAUGGAACCAGGAGAAUCAAGUACUUGCCAGAUAUCUCCCGGUAUGACGAAGUACUGGAUUCCAGAAUGCAAUAGUGAUUGUAAGCCCAUUAUUGGUAAGGUAUUCAAAACUUUACAACAUGGUAUUGACUUCUAUAAGGAAUAUGCAUCUAUAUGUGGCUUUGUUCCGCGCCUAACUACUCAGAGGAAGCACAGAGAUGGUACGGUUUUGUCAAAACGUGUUGUUUGCAGUCGUCAAGGUUUUAAACCUGAUGCGGUUGUGCAGAACGAAGGUCCCAUUCCUAAUUGUGAUCCUUUAAUUCAGAAUGUUAACGUGGAAAAUAAUCCUUCUUCAUGCAUGGAAAAUUCAACCCUUGAUGAUCCGUCUACAUCAGAUGAUGAACCUGAUUUGAGUGUACCCACAUCUUCAGAACCGUGUAACUUAGACAACGAUUCCAAUAGAAGGCGUCGUGUAUCUACAAGAAACGGUUGUACAGCAUGUGUAGUCUUUAAAUUUCGUGGUUCAAGUGGUUACUCCGUGUCUAAGUUUGAAGAGCAUCACACUCAUCGUAUGUGCGAUGAAAUGCACAAACAAUUUCUAAGGGUCAAUAGAAAUCUUGAUUUUGGUCACAAGAAAUUUGUUAUCAAUUGUGCGAAAGCUAAUAUUGGUCCGAUGAAGUCAUAUAAACUCUUUAAAGAGUCUGUUGGUGGAUAUAGCAAUAUUGGUGCGACUGCUGUAGAUUUCAAAAACUUUAAACGAGAUUUGAAGGCAUACAUUGAGGGUGUCGACGCUCAAAUGUUGAUUGACAAGUUAUUUAGAAAGGUUGAAGUGUGUUCAUCAUUUUACUUUGAUUAUGAUGUGGAUGAGAGUGAUCAGCUGACAAGGAUUUUCUGGGCGGAUCCGUUGGCUAGACAAAAUUUUUCUUAUUUUGGGGAUGUGGUUUCUUUUGAUUCAACAUUCAGUACAAACAGGUACAAUAUGGUUUUUGUGCCAUUCACCGGUGCAGACAAUCACCAAAAGUGCGUUACUUUUGCUGCUGGGUUAAUUUCGAAAGAAGAUGUAGACUCCUAUGUGUGGCUUUUGUCCCGAUUUAUCAAUGCGAUGGGCAGUGAACCAACAUGCGUAAUAACGGAUCAAGAUCCAGCUAUGCGCAUUGCUAUUGAAAAGGUAAUUCCUCACGUUAAACAUCGUUAUUGCAUGUGGCAUAUAAUGAACAAGUUGACAAGUAAAGUAGGUCCUGUGCUUAGUAAGGAUGUUGAUUUCUUGACAAGAAUUAAUGGUGUUGUGUGGAGUCACUAUUUAGAGCCCGCCGAGUUUGAGGCUAAAUGGAAUUCUAUUAUGGCUGAUUUUGACUUGUUGAACCACAAAUGGUUUGUGGACUUGUUCAAUCUUCGGAAGUUUUGGAUUCCGUCUUACUUUAGGAAUUUGUUCUUGGGAUGUUUGCUUCGAACAACUUCAAGAUCUGAAAGUGAGAAUAAUUUUUUUGGUGAGUUUACUAACCCUCACUUCAGCCUCAUUGAGUUUUACAUGCAAUUUGAAAGUGCAAUGGAUGCUCAACGCCAUAAUCAUGAUAAAUUAAAUUCAGGUUCCGAGUCCUAUAUUCCUGUUUUUAAAACCCCUCUACCCCUUGAAAAGCACGCUGCGGAGAUGUAUACUCUCACAGUAUUUUAUUUAGUGCAAGAUGAAAUUGCAUCUGCUUGUUUUAAUUGCCGUGUUCUUAGUGUGCAUGACCAUGACGGUAAUUUGGAUUAUGUUAUUCAAGAUGAACGUGGUAUGAUAUUCAAGGUAGAAUUCAAUGUUUCCGAUACAAAAGCAUCUUGCGAGUGCAAAUACUUUCUUCGAUUGGGGUUGGUGUGUAGACAUAUGUUUGUGGCUUUCAAAGACUCGAAGCUCAAUUGUAUUCCUCAGCACUAUGUUGUUAAUCGUUGGUGUAAAAAGCGUCUACUACGACCGCUACAUGGUAUACCAAAUGUUCUAGUUCAACAGUGUGCUGAAAUUGAAGAGAAGAAAAAAAUUAUGCAACAGGUUUGGACAGAUUUGCACUCUUGUGUUGCUCUAGCUGAAAAGGAUCUAAGCAGACUAAAACAAUUUGCAUCUGUGAUUAGUCAAGAAAAGCAUGCACUUCUAUCAUAUGACCAAAGUGAUCCACUCCCUACGACUAAGGAUUCCAUGAUCCAAUCUUUUUAUGGGGCAAGUAGGCCUUCUGAUGUUACUGUGUUGCCUCCUCAAAAUGCCAAAAAUAAAGGAUCUGGAAGGAGGAUUAAAGGUGCACGAGAGGUAUCCAUUGAAGAAAACAAGAGACCGAAGAGAUUGUGUAGGUCAUGUAACGAAAUGUGCAAUCAUGAUAGUAGAAAUUGUCCUUUAAACAAACUUCAAUAAGUGUUGUGUAAGACAUUUUUAUACUUUCGUAUUCAUGUGUAUUUAAGAAAUUUGAACACUUUUAGUUUCUUUAUAUUUUAAUUAUUCGAUCUUCCUAGAAAUUCGUUUCUUACUAUUACAAAACCUUGU